ACCGGUGUUUUUGAGGAGCUGCCCAUGUUCCUGGCAUGUCUUCUGGUCUUUCGGGACCUGGACUCCCCAGGAAAGCGCUCGGCUCAGGAAGCACCACUGACUCAGAACCAUGGCACCCCGGGCUGCAGGCCUGGCUGCCUGGACUGUUCCAGCAGGUGUUGGAAAUGAGAGGGGUGGGGUUGUCCUGGCAGAGAUGUCACUGGUCUGGGGAGGGGCUUGGUGGCUGCAGCCCACCGCCCUGAGAGGUGUGUUGCCAGGAAGCAGCCCCGGGGAGGAAGCCAAGGCCUGGGCUCUGGACCUACACAGUUUCUAGCCCCUUGUCCUUGGCUGGACAGGGCUGGUCUGGUCCAGUCUACCGUGGGGUCAGCCUGCCUUCAACCCCCAGGACUCCAGAAGCCCCACUCUUCCUGGACACACUGCCCCCACCCAGAGCCACUGACACCCCAGGUUGCACUCACCCCACCAGUGGCUCUAGGUGGAGGAUUCAUGAGCUGAUGAAGACUGGGAGUGGUGGUGGGCACCCCCUCUCCUGACGAGCCUGGACUGUCACUGCCCUGUCAGCCUGUGCCUCCUUCCUUGUGCCUCCGACGUCUGGCCGAAGUCAGGCUUGGUGGUCCCUGUCCUGGGGGCCGGGAGGGCAGUGUGACAGGUCUGGUGGGAACCUGGCAUCUGGAGGGAGUGGCCCCACCACAGGCGCCCUCCCAUGGGGAGGAGCACUUAGUAUCCAGCUGCAGGUAGGCCUAGGGUUGCUGUCAGAACAGGCAAGGAAGCGCCAGCCAGAGGGAGGAAGCGCUAGCAGGUGGGAAGAGCCUGCUGGCCCGCCGGGGUCUGUCACUGGGGAGUCUGACUCCUGGGCUGCUGGCCACCUAUCCUGAAGCUUCCGUCCUCUCCUUCAUCUCCCUUUCCCGUUUGUCUUCUGUGGUCUCCCCAGGGUCUGUCUCUGCCCAGCUCUCCUCGGAGUCCCUGUCUCUCCUCUCCACGGCUGUCUGGGAUCCUUCCUGGAGUCACCCAGGUCCACCUGGCUCUUGGCUGGGGCGUCCCCCAAGUGUAGCUCAGAAUCUGCGGUGCUCCCUUUGUCUGUCCCUGUCGCUGAUCCUCUUCAGAACCCCUCUGGGUCUCACCUGCCUGUGUACCUCCAGUCCAGAUCCUCCACCUGCACAAUCCCCUUCUCUGUCCCGACUCCCAGUCUACUUGCCUACUGGGCUCUGCUCCCCCUUCUCUGGACGCCCUUGCCCUGUGGGGUGAUCCAGAGCCCAGCCUCUGACCCUCCCCAGACCCCCUCUGCCGUCUCCCCCCGGCCCCUUCGCUGCCUGACCGCCUUUCCCCGCAGGCCGGGUCCAGAUGCCCUGCCCUCGGCCGUCCUGGCUCCGGGUCCCCCUGGGCUCGGAGCCCAGCAUCCCGGGCUCGCCGUCCACACCCCGGUCCCCCAGCAGGGGGGAGGACGAAGACGAGGGUGAUAAGGAGGAAGGGGACGGCAGCCGGGGACCCAUCCCGUCGCCCGCGUCCCCCGUGGAAUGCCUCAUCUGCGUGUCGCCCUUCGACAGCGUAGUCAAGCUGCCCAAGUCCCUGGACUGCAGCCACGUCUUCUGCCUCGAGUGCCUGGCUCGUCUGUCUCUGGCCACGGCGGGCGGCGGCGACGCGGUGGCCUGUCCCGUGUGCCGCGCGCCCACGCGCCUGGCCCCACGCCGCGGGCUCCCCGCGCUGCCCACGCAGCUCGGCCUGCUGCCCGGCUCCGCACGCGCCCCGCCGCCGCGGCAGGGCUCCGUGCGCUUCGACCCGCCGCGCCUCGGCCGCCCGCUGUCGCGCCGCCUGACGCUGGCCCGCUCGGCCUGGGUCUUCCACGCGGCCGUCCCCCUGGCCGUGCUGGUGGCCGCGGGCCUCGUGGUCACGGGCUUCUACAUCUUCUUCCUCAUCCCGCGCGCCACCACCUCCAGCCCCGCGCGGCCCCAGCUCGUGGCGCUCGCCCCGGCGCCCGGCUUCUCCUGGUUCCGGCCUCGGCCCACGCCGGCGGCGCCCUGGACCCCCGGCCGGAUGCCGCGCCCCGUGGGCCCUGACCUGAACGCCGCCCCGCCGGGGGCUGCGGAGGACGCGCUGGAGCCCGAGGGGGUUCCCGAAGAGACAGAGACGCCGGACGGGUCCUUGGACCGCAGGUGGGGGGCGGAGGCUGGGCCUGACUGGGCCCCGCGGGCACGCGGCGGGAGGAGGCGGUGGGGGGCGCAGUAAACGCAUCUGCGCCCGCAGGCCCUGCCUCGGGCCUGGGGACCCCAGUGUCAUCCUGAUGCUCGCCAUGACCCCCGUGGAGGCCUUGGAGGGCGCAUGGCAAGCACCCAUUUCUCUAGAGAGGCCUGGGGGGAUCCUUCCUGGCAUCAUUAGCACGGAGCAGGGACCCUCUCAAGGAGCACCCCUGACACCAAUCCCUGUGGGCAUCCAGCUGUGGGACCCCCAUGUCUGUAAAGGUCCUGCUGGGAGGCACUCAUAAACCAGCUGGGGUACACUCGAUCCAGCCGCAGAGCCCCCCUGACCAACAUCAUGCAGUGGCCCUGCUAGGGGUACCCCAUCCCUGAUCCUCGUAAGGGUCCUACUGAGUACACCCCAAUCAUCAGAGCUCCAGGAGAACGCUCACCCUUGGCUGGCACCAGAGCUUAAGUCUCUGAUUUACUCAUCCUUUGCGCUUUCUGCAGGUGCUGGGGGCCCCCAAUCUUUGGAUGGCAGACUAUUCCCUGGCCACACCUGUGAGGGGCCCACUGCAGGACCACCCCCCCACUCCUCCCCAGGCUGUGGAGUUGCUGCCUGCAGGCUUAGCCUGGGUGGGAUCCAGCCAUCUCCAUGCGGGUUCUGCAUUUGCUGCCUUACACACCUGGAUGGGGCUUGGGCUUGAAGGGGGAGGUGUGGCCUGGCCAGGACUGGGGAGAGAGAGACAGGGCCUGAGCCUCAAAGACUGGCUGCCACUUGGGUCCUGAAUAUCACCUUGCAAUGGGGCCUCGACUUCCCCUAUGGCUAGUGGCUUCUGGGAUUCUCCUAAUAUGCUGAGGGGCAGCCGUGGUCACUGAGGCUCAAAGAGGCCAAGGUUGCCCUCUGGGUCAGACAAUGUCGUGUGAUUUUGGGUGAGGGAUCGCUCCUGGACGUCCCUGGCCCCUCUCCUUAGCCACUAGAGCCAUCAUCACCCCCAUCUCCACUCAUUAAAUACUCAGCGUCGGUUACUUCACCUCCUCCAGGGCUCCAUCAGCAUUUUGUGGCAACCCUGCUGUAACGCCAGGAUGAAUGAAGCCUCAGGCCUCCUUCAGCAGGGAGAAUGGUCCUCCUCUCAGAAGCCUUCCUGGGUUAGUCACAGUGGGGUAGAUAGCAGCCACCUUCUGUACAAACUGAACAUGGACUUUCUGUCUCCCCCCAGGCCCUGGAGCCCCCAGUCUGCCUCACUUCACCCCAGGUUGGGAUGCUGUGUGUGGCAGGUGGGCAUCCAGCAUUUUCCAGAGAGAAAUGUGACUUCUUUGGGGCUAGAGGCUCCUGUUUGAUUUGUUUACAUGUCUGUCCUCAGCACCUGGCAUACAGUGGGUGCCAAGUACUUUUGUAGGGAAUGACAGCAUUGCCGGUAACCAAGAAGCAACCCGGGAAUGUCUGCGGGCAUCCUAGGUUCACCCGGCUCCCAGCCACCUUGACCUAGGCGUGUCAGCGGAGCUCCUUCGGAUGGGAGCCGCUGCUUCCAGGUGGGAAGCAGGAGGAGGAACAUCAGGGUGUCCUAGGGAGUGUCUUCCUGGACCAGUUCUUGUCCCACAUCUGGGGCCAAUGACAAGUACAGGGGCCAGGACCAGUGUGCUGGGUCACUGGGCAGGCACAGCCCAGCCUGACAGGGAGGAGUACCUGGUCGGGCAGGAGCGGGAUUGACUGGUCUGUAUUGGUUUUCCCCGGCUGCUGCGACAGAUCACCACCAAAUCAGGUCCUUAGAACAGCACGUGUUACCUUACAGUUCUGCGGGCCAAGGGUGUUGAAAUCAGUUUCACCAGGCUAAAGUGGAGGUGUCCACAGGGCGAGUUCCUUCUGGCUGCUCUGAGACAGGAUUUCCUUAGCUUUUCUAGCUUUUCUGUCUGCAUUCCUUGGCUUCCUCCUCUGUCUUCAGAGGCAACAGUGUAGCCUCUUGCAAUCUCUUCCUGACUCUCCUGCCUCCCUCUUUCACUUAUAAGGACACUGGGAUUGCCCUGAGCCCACCCAGAUAAUCCAGGAUAACCUCUCCAACUCAAUAUCCUUAAUUUAAUCACAUCUGCAAAGUCCAUUUUGCCAUGUGAGGUAACAGAUUCACAUAUUCCAGGGAUUAGUAUCUGGAUACCUUUGGGGGCCCUGACUAGGCUUACCAGAGGGUCUCCAAUAUGCCCCUCCUCAUCCCUUCCCUCCUCCACCCCAGGCUGGGAGAGUUAUGUGAGGGAGUAGAACUGGCAGGG